AUGGGUGGUAAGAGAAAACGGCAAGAUACGUCUUCUCCCAUCGCGCUCCCGGCAGCUCCUACUACGAGGAAGGUGUCGGUGAAGACGGUGCCUCGUGAUGGGGAGAUGUUUUAUUUGUUCAAGUCGGAGCCGGAGAGUCGUAUUGAGAAAGGCGUGGACAUGAAGUUCAGCAUUGAUGAUUUGGCCGCUAGUCCGAACGGCACGGCUGAGUGGGAUGGGGUGAGGAACUAUCAGGCGAGGAAUCUGAUGAGAGAAAUGAAAGUUGGCGACAAGGGCUUCUUCUACCACUCCAAUUGCAAACCCCCUGGUAUAGUAGGUAUUGUGGAGGUGGUCCGAGAGUCCUAUCCGGAUGAUACCCAGUUCGAUCCCAAGAACCCGCAUUUUGAUCCGAGAAGUGGCAAGGAGGAACCCAAAUGGGAUAUGGUUGAUAUCAAAUUCAUUCGUAAACUUAGUAGGAAGAUCUCACUUGAUGAACUGAAGGCCUACCGUGACAAGGAGCUUUCUUCGAUGGGUCUGUUCACCACGGCCAGGUUGUCAGUUCAGCGUGUUACUCCCGCGGAGUGGGACUUCAUUCUUUCCCUAGAGGGGGUGUCGGAAGACGAUGAUGAUGCAACUGGCAAUAAGGCAUGA